GCAUUUAGUCCAAUUGUCUGCUACUGAUCUUUCUUUGAUCAGUUAAACAAUCCAGGGACUUCAAGUAAAAGGAGGGGGUGGAAAGGACAUUUGAUAUUAGUGAAUGCCACCUUCUGCUGCUUGAGAGGAUCGCUCUGGUUCAGCGCACUCACAGAAUGAGCUAUGAAGUGAAGCAGGGGAUAGGAAAAUUAAGGAAUCACACCGAUCCCCGUCCACUCAACACUAAGAGCAAGGAGUUUUGUUUGCAAAGAGCGAAAGAGAAAGAAGCAAACGCACCAGAGAGACACUGAAAGUUUGGCGCAACACAGACACUGCUAAGUGCUGCAUAAAGCCUGUAUGUUACUAAAGUAACAUAAUCUGACGGAUGCAUUUUGUUGUUGGGGUAAAAUCUGUUUGUAAAUGCAGUAUUAAAACGCGCUAUUUGAACAGAAAGGGUCUCCUUCCUUCCUCAUAACCUUCUACCAGGAGAACACUUACUAGCAGUUUAUAUUUGGAGAGGAGAGACUACGUUCAAGAGUGCCUGUUGGACGUUCACUCAAAGGAAACGGUUACAAAGAUAAUCGUCACCAUGCCUUGGCUACUGUAACUACACAUUCCGACUAAAAAUAAAGUGUGAAUUAAUAAGACAGGAGUCCCUCACCCCUUCCCCUGGACUCCAACUGAAGUAAGAUGUCUUCUCGCCCCUACAGUGGGUCUAUGGUUUGGAAGAUUAUUGUCUUGGUCACUACUUUCCUACCGGCACUGCUCGGCAGUAACUCCUGCCCAACCGCUUGUCAGUGCUCGGAACCUGCACGGACAGUUAAGUGCGUCCUGCAGGACCUGGAGGAGGUUCCGAGUCCCAUCCCGACUUACACAAGGAAUUUGUUCAUCACCGGCAACCACAUCUACAAGAUCAGGGCCAAUGCUUUCCAGGGACUGGACAACUUGCACAAUCUUUCCCUUGCAAACAACAGGAUUGUUCUUUUGGAACCAGAAGCAUUUGCAUCACUUCCCAACCUUCGCUUCCUGGAUCUCAGUAACAACCGCUUGGCAAAAGUCCACCCCAAUGCAUUCAUUGCUGAAAAUAAUUCCAUCCAGGAGCUUAACUUGAACCGUGCAUUCUACAAUAGUUCGGUCAUCCGUGACAUAGCAGCUGUACUCCACAGUGGGGGAUUCUUGCAGCUUUCCAAAUUAGAUAUGGCCAGCAAUGAACUGAUCUAUUUGCCCUUGGGUAUUUUCUCUCAUCUCCCUGCACUUAGGCAUUUAGAUCUGAAGAACAAUUCCAUUAUAGACCUCAAGAACUCCACUUUUUGUGGGUUGGAUCUUGAAUUCCUCGAUCUCAGCGCCAAUGCCUUCAAGAACCUGAGGGUAGAUGUUCUGAAUGAGCUGAGCAGACAGAAGCAUCUAUGCAUUCAGCUGAAGGACAAUCCAUUUUUUUGCAACUGCGAAAUAGAAGAUUUUGCAGAGUGGCUUAAUUCCAGUGAGGUGGUACUCAAUGCAAACAAACUUGUCUGUGCUUACCCCAAAGACAUGCAGAAUGUUUCUCUUUUAAUGCUGAGUGAAAUGGAACUUGGUUGCCACAGCAGUGAGAAUACAGAGAUUGUUCUACAAACAUCUUAUGUCUUACUUGGCAUAGUUGUGGGCUUUGUUGGAAUUAUUUUCCUCUUUGUAAUGUAUCUCAAUAGAAAAGAAAUUAAAACUUGGAUAUAUAACAUGAGGGAUGCAUGUCGGGACCUAAUGGAAGGGUACCAUUAUCGCUAUGAGAUAGACUCUGAUCCUAGAGUUACUCAGGUUUCCACUUCAGAUGUAUGAAUUAUUAUCACUACUGUUAUUUCAGAGCAGGCCAGUGUAUACUGCACAUGUUUAUUCCAGGAGAAUUAGCAAAGUUUGAUGCUUCCAGGGCAAAAGGAAUACACAUGGACACACACACACACACACACACACACACACACACACACACACACACACACACACACACACACACACACACACACACACACACACACUCAGACUGCUGUAGACCACAGAGUGCAACUCUGGUAAUAACCAACAGCCAUUUGAAUGUUUAGGAUUCAUUAACUGUGUUAUCCUUUUACAGUGGACUGAAUGUCUGAACAGCUCAUUUUAACUGGUCCAAAUGGUGGCAUGACUGCCAAGCAGGAAACACUGAGGUAAUAGUGAAUAACUCAGUACAAAUGAGCAGCAUUUUUGACAUUGAAGUUGUGGAACAGUGGUAGAGCUUGACAGCAGAAAUGGUCUGACUUCUGAUGCUAGUUAUUAAAAAUAAGAAAACACCUCCAAUAUAUCCAUUGACUGAACGGUGAGGUAUGGUACCAAUAAAGAACUUUCAAAGCCUUUUUUCACAAAAUGCACCCAUCUUUGACUGAUAAGGGUGUGCUGCCAUUUUCUUGGACUGUGGCAAACUUUUUAAAUGUUUUUCCACAAAAUUUACAUAGUUUUUAAUACAUUGUAAAUAUGUUUAUACAAAUAUUUUGAGUAUGUGCAUGAAUGAUUGAUGUAUUCUAUGUGAAAACAAAAAUGCAAAGCAAAUGAAAAUGGAAAUGUUACCUGGAAUGUAUUGUGUCUGCAACAUCCUGAGCCAAUUUUAGAAUGGCAUUUACAGACCUCUGCAGUUUAAUGUGGUAAUUAAUGAAUAGCCAGUAUGAAAAAAAAAGUUAAAAUCAACAUACAGAUCUUAAAAUGAAUGUUUUACCUCUUAUUAAAAUGAGGGAGAAUAAGGUGGGCGGUGUAGUAAGACCCCAAUUGCAGCUGAAAGUAAUAAUUCUGGAUAGGAGCUUCUUGCUUUCUCAUAGGUUCAUAGGGUCAUAGGUUGGUACUAGGCUAUCAGCCCUAGAGCCUAUACAAGCCUAGCCAUAACAAUUCCCUGGCUAUUUCUU